AUCUCUCGGUUUAUAAACGAGAAGGAACUGAAGCGCUCAUAAUAUCUCCUCUCUUUCUCUUGUAGCCUCGAUAAUAUUACACGACACAUGUGUUCAGUCUUUGUCUUUUUUCCUCUUCCCUAAAUACUGAGACGAGGAGAUUCUUUUUAGAUUUUUCUUUUUUCUUACGGAAUCUAUCCCCUGUCAAAUAGAUCCAUCAGAAAGGUUCUUGCUCUCUUCCUCAUUCUUGAAGAUGGACAGGGCAGACACAAGUGGAUUUGUCAGUGGUGGGACAUGUUUAUAUCUAUAUAUAGUUGCUUUUAUGUUUGCAGUUUUACAAAUUUAGUCUUCUAAGUAUUCUUGUUUUUUCUGGUCAUUCUAUUUCCUCUUCUUGUGCAUUUCUUCAUAUGGACUUGAACGGUAUUGCAAACAUAGACAAUCUCAAUGAUGAUACUGCUCUCACCUUGAAAUGCCUUGGAAGCAGCUCAGGGAGACUAAUAAUGAGCUCUCACCACCACCAUAAUCUUUGUUCUGAUGUAACUAAUUGUCCUGAUGGUGGUUGCCGGUUGGUUCUCGGUUUAGGUUCAACACCGCCUUCGUACUAUUACAAUGUCAGUCCUAACAACAACAACAACAAAGUCUCUGCUUCUUCUGGAACUGUUCAAGAACUCUCGUCAGGGGGUAACUCAAUCCUGCAACUCGGUCCUCCUGCUGUGACCAUGGACAGUUUCAGCGAGCUUGAUUGUUCCUCAUUGACAUAUACAUACACUAAUUCUUAUAAUUCACAGCUGAGCCAUCAUGAGUCAGAGUUCUCUGUAGGCGCUGAUUUCUCUUACAAGACAGCAUCUGCCACAUCUUCUCAGCACAGGACAACCAACCCAAAGAAGUGCAAGUUCAUGGGAUGUUGGAAAGGAGCUAGAGGAGCGUCAGGGCUCUGCAUUGGCCAUGGAGGUGGGCAGAGAUGUCAGAAACCAGGCUGCAACAAAGGUGCUGAGAGCAAAGCCGCUUUCUGCAAAGCCCAUGGUGGAGGAAAGAGGUGCCAACACUUGGGAUGUACAAAAAGCGCUGAAGGGAAAACAGAUUAUUGUAUAUCUCAUGGAGGUGGAAGAAGGUGUGGGUUCCCUGAAGGAUGUGGUAAAGCUGCACGGGGCAGAUCAGGACUCUGCAUCAAACACGGUGGUGGUAAACGGUGUAGGGUGGAAGGAUGUAAGCGAAGUGCCGAGGGACAAGCUGGUCUUUGUAUAUCACAUGGUGGUGGGAGGCGUUGUCAGUCUCUAGGCUGUACUAAAGGUGCUCAAGGGGGUACUAACUACUGCAAAGCUCACGGUGGUGGGAAACGAUGUAUCUUUGGUGGAUGUACAAAGGGAGCUGAAGGUAGUACUCCACUGUGUAAAGCACACGGUGGAGGGAAACGAUGUAUGUUUGAUGGAGGUGGGAUAUGUUCUAAAAGUGUGCAUGGUGGGACGAGUUUCUGUGUAGCUCAUGGUGGUGGUAAGAGAUGUGUAGUGGUAGGGUGUACUAAGAGUGCUCGUGGAAGGACUGAUUGUUGUGUGAAGCACGGUGGUGGGAAACGGUGUAAGUCUUUGGGAUGUGAGAAGAGUGCACAAGGUAGUACUGAUCUUUGUAAGGCUCAUGGUGGAGGUAAACGCUGCUCGUGGGGAGGAGGUUUGAAAUGUGAGAAGUUUGCUAGAGGGAAGAGUGGUUUAUGCGCUGCGCAUAAUAGUAUUUCUCAGGAGAAAGGUGGAAGCAAGGUUGGUUUGAUUGGACCGGGACUUUUUAGUGGCCUUGUCUCUACCACCACUGAUCAUUCUCUCUCUGGAGUCAGCACUGUCUCUGAUUGCACUGACUCCAUUGACCGCUAUCCGCAGCAGCAUACUGAGGAAAUACGGAAGGUGAUGAUACCAAUGCAGGUUCUUGUGCCUCCAUCUAUGAAAUCUUUAUGCUUCUAAAACACUGAGAGACCGGAAACAGACAAUAACAGUAGCAACAGCAAUGGGAGGAACAUGUUUGACUUUAUGAUCCAUGAGGAGAGAGUUCAUGGUGGUGGGAUUAUGUCUCUGCUUAAUGGCAGCCUGAAGCAGACACUAAAAAGAUAGAAUAUAUAAUGUAAAGCUUAUGUAAUAUGUAUUUGGUCCUUUGUAUAUUCAUGGGGUUCUCUGUUUUGUAUUGUGUUAUCUUGAGUCUUGACCAUCUAGUCGAUGGCUCGAACCCAAGUCUUUGUUUAUUUGAUUAUUGAUUUUGAAUGUUGCACGAUGUAGUACAAGUGUUCUCGUUGUUUUGUUACUUGUGUAAGAAGCAGAGCUUGUUACUUUUGUAUAUGAUCAUUGAAGUGUUUUAUAGCUAUGAACA